GCCGCCAUUUUUGCAACUAGGUAGGAGAGGAGACUCUGUGAUAAGACAAGGAGAGAGACUAAAGAAAAGUCAAGCAAUUACAACACGUUUCUCCGCAGAAAACCUCCAGAUAGCGGGCUCGGGUUGAACUGCAGCAGCAGCUGUACGAGUAGGGGGGGUGUGUCUGGGGGCUGCUUGCUUGUUUCUCUUUGUUAUAGUAAAAUCCGCAGUGGAGGUGGUGUAUUGUUUUGGUUUUCCGGAGGCUCAGGAGGGGUUUUUCCUCCGACUCCCCUGUUUUGUUGACAUUAUCUCUUGUGGACAUUUAAGGCUUUGUGGAUGCACUUAGAUGUUUGCAAUGAGCACUGUGGCUGGCAUGCCUCAGUGUUUUGGAUACCAAUGCUUAGGACCCCGUAGGAAUCAAAUUUUUCAGACGCGAACGUCAUGAGCAUAGUGAUCCCGAUUGGGGUUGAUACAACAGGAACCUCAUACUUGGAAAUGGCUGCAGGUUCAGAACCUGAAUCCGUAGAAGCUAGCUCAGUGGUAGUUGAGAAGUCCAACAGUUAUCCACACCAGAUCUACACCAGCAGUUCUCACCACUCUCACAGCUAUAUCGGUCUGCCAUACGCGGACCACAACUAUGGUGCUCGCCCCCCACCGACGCCCCCCGCCUCGCCCCUGCCGGCGGUCCUGAUCAGCAAGAACGACGUGAGCCUCUUCUCCAGCGCGGCACACUUCGAUGAGACCUCCAGUGCCACCACCAUCAGCACCUCUGAGGACAGCAGCUACGGGACCGACGUCACCCGCUGCAUCUGCGGCUUCACACACGACGAUGGAUACAUGAUCUGCUGUGACAAGUGCAGUGUCUGGCAGCACAUAGACUGCAUGGGGAUCGACAGGCAACACAUUCCCGACACCUACCUGUGUGAGCGCUGUCAGCCCAGGAACUUGGACCGAGACAGGGCCAUUCUGCUGCAGACAAGAAAAAGGGAAAAUAUGUCAGAUGGCGACACGAGUGCGACUGAGAGCGGGGACGAAGUGCCCAUGGAGCUGUACACUGCCUUCCAGCACACGCCCACCACCAUCACCCUGACCGCAGCCCGUGUUAGUAAGGGCAGCGACAAGAAACGCAAGAAGAGCGGCGACAAGGAGCAGAAUGCAGCCAAGAACAAGAAGGCCUUCCGGGAAGGAUCUCGCAAAUCUUCCAGAGUCAAGGGCUCUGCCCCGGAGGUGGACCCCGCUGACCCUCCGAACUGCAUGUGGGAGAACAAGAUCAAGGCAUGGAUGGACCGCUACGAGGAGGCCAGCAGCAACCAGUACAGCGAGGACGUGCAGAGCCUGCUGGCCCUGGGGCUGGGGGAGACUGGAGAUGGCAGCAAAGCCCACUUCAACACCAGCAACAACACCGGCUUCAAGCCCCCAGUCGAGAGUCAGGUGCAGAAGAACAAGAAGAUCCUGAAGGCUGCCAAAGACCUCCCCCCCGACACCCUGAUCAUUGAGUACCGGGGGAAGUUCAUGCUGCGCCAGCAGUUCGAGGCCAAUGGUUACUUCUUCAAUAGGCCGUACCCCUUCGUCCUGUUCUAUUCCAAGUUCCAUGGGCUGGAGAUGUGUGUGGAUGCCAGGACCUUCGGGAAUGAAGCCAGGUUCAUCCGACGCUCCUGCAUUCCCAACGCUGAGGUGCGUCACGUGAUGGAAGAAGGAAUGCUCCACCUGUACAUCUACUCCAUCCGAAGCAUUCCAAAGGGAUCCGAGAUCUCCAUCGGCUUCGACUUUGACUACAGCAGCUGCAAAUACAAGGUGGACUGCGCGUGCCUGAAGGGGAACCCCGAGUGCCCGAUCCUGAAGCACAACACGGAGCCCACAGAGAACCUGAACAGCGGCUACGAGACGCGCCGGCGCAAAGGCAAGAAGGAGAAGGACGGGCAGAACCAGGACGGGUCUCCGGACAGAGAGGGGCCGGCCGGGAAGACCAAGACAGCGCCGGACAACAUCAAGCAGAGGAAGCUGUCCCCCCUGCGGCUCUCCAUCUCCAACAACCAGGAGCCAGAUAUUAUUGCCGAUAUAGAAGAAAAAACUCCUGUUAGCAGUGAAGUAGACAUGGAGUCAGAGGAACAGCUUGCAGAGAGGAGGAGGAAGAUGGAUAGCCCAGCUGAGAUGUCCCAUCUUGAUUCCACAGGGGGCUCCAGCUGGAUGGGACUGAGGCACAAGGAGACCAGGGAAGAGCGCAAGAUGGAGGCGAUCCUGCAGGCGUUUGCGCGUCUGGAGAAGCGAGAGAAGCGCCGGGAGCAGGCGCUGGAGAGGAUCGGCACCACCAAGCCGGACAUCAAGGAGGAGCCCCCCACGCCCGAGCUGGACACCCCGCUGCAGCAGGAGCCUGUGAAGGAGGAGCCGGCCAGCAAGCCCACUCCGGCAAAGGUGAGCCGGAACAAGCAGCGCAAGAGCUUCUCACGGAGCCGCACACACAUUGGGCAGCAACGCCGGCGCCACCGCACCAUCAGCACCUGCUCGGACCUGGCGCCCGGCUCGCCCGGCGAGGGGGGGGACACCCCUGCGGAGCAGAGAGAGGCUGACCCCUCCACACCCCUCCCCGAGACAGAGGCAGAGCCGGGGGGCCAGCCCGAGAGCAUCGCCCCUGAAGCCUGCCCCGCGCCCAGCAAGGCUGCCCCCAAGUACCCCAAAACUAAAAAGCACUUAGUGAGCGAGUGGCUGAGUGAUAAGCAGGAGAAGAGCGAGCGGGCCCCCAGGACCCCCGAGCUGCCCCCAGAGAGGCCCCUGCGCAUCACCACAGACCCCGAGGUUCUGGCCACCCAGCUCAACUCCCUGCCCGGCCUGGCCUACAGUCCCCACGUCUACAGCACUCCCAAGCACUAUAUCCGCUUCACCUCCCCCUUUCUGGCGGAGCGCAGCAGCACCGGCAGCAGCAGCCGGCGCAGGAGAGAGCUACCCGACCCCAUCGCCACCUCCACUGGCUCCUGCAAGAAGCGCUGGCUGAAGCAGGCACUGGAGGAGGAGAACUGUCCGGCUGCUGUCAGCAUGUUCAGCGCCCUGCUGUCCAGCGAGGGGCCUCUGAGCCCGGCCAUCAACGGGGACACAGACAGCCCCCUGUCCAUCAACGGGGGCUGCAACCUAGCAGAGCUGCCGACCCCCCUGAAGAAGCGGAGGCUUUGCCCCCUGGACACGGCUCUGUCAGACAGCUCCACGCCCAGCGCCUCCCCCUACGCCACGCCCACACACACGGACAGCGUGGACCCCGCCCUGUUCACCACACCGCCGCGCGCCAAGCCCGAGGACGAGACGGGCCGCAGCGGCUACAAGCCGGUGUACUCCCCCGUCACCCCGUCCACGCCCUGCCAGCACUCUGCCAGCACCAGCUUCACCCCGUCCACGUCCUGCCAGCACUCUGCCAGCACCAGCUUCCAGAAUGUUUCGUCCCCGGACAGCUCUCCUGAAGUGAAACGGAGAAUGAGCCUGCAAGAGAGACUGGAGAGACCGCCCUCACUGCUGUGUCUGCCCCCUGUCCGGAGCUCCAGCCUGCCAGAGUCGGCUCUGCUGGAGAUAAAGACUUGCGGCACUCUGAGCCCCCGCCCCGGCAGGACUGAAUGCAGCCGGGCGGGCGUCGUGGCCCCAGAAACAAUAGACUCUGGUGGGGGAGCAGGAACAGGAGGAGGAGGAGAGGGGACAGUGGAGCUCUUAGCAGUGUCAGAGAGCAGUGAACCUCCUCGCACAGACUCCCCAGCCCCUGUCCCUGCCCCGGCCUCUGAGCGCUGUGACCCAGCGGCCCAGGGAGAGGCACUGUUCACUGCCAGGGGGGGGUCCGUCUGGAUGAAGAGUCCUGAGAGGAGCAGCCUCACCUUCUCCCCUGUCAACUCCAACCUGCGGGACCUGACCCCCUCGCACACCCUGGAGCUGGGAGGCGGCUUCCGAGUGAGCGAGCUCGCCGGCGCCCCCUACAGUGAGGGAGCCCUGUACUACCCCUGCGCGGAGGAGGGGGCCUACACGCGAGCCCUGGGGGGAGAGGGUCUGGCCGACGGGGGCGGCACGCCACACAACCCCCCCCAGAAGAAGAAGGUGUCUCUGCUGGAGUAUCGCAAGCGGCAGCGGGAGGCACGCGGGAGCGGCUCCAAGCAGGAGAGCUUCUCCCCCAUGUGCAUGUCUCCGCGAUCCACAGCGCCUCCUCUGGCUGGAUUCUGCAGCAACAGCAAUGUGGUGGAAGUCUGUGUCGCUGCAGAGAUGCAACCUGAGGCCCCGCCCCCUGCCCAGCCUCCUCACACACCCCCAGCCCCCGAGACCCAGAACCCCUCCGACAGCAAGGAGCCCCCCCAGGAGGAGACGGAGGGGAGAGAGGGACAGUGGACGUCCUCUACAUCGGUGGAGCAGGCGAGGGAGAGGAGCUACCAGCGAGCACUGCUGCUGAGCGACCACCGGAAAGACAAGGAUGGAGGGGCCGAGUCGCCUCCUCCCAGCCCUGCCUCCUCUCCAUGGCCUCAGUUUCAUGUGCAGACUCCACCUUCAUCUCAUUCCAAACCCGUCUCGCACCUGCAGCUCAAGAUGCCAGCGCUGUGCCCCAGCGAGGCCUCGGCAGAUGGUCCCGAGUGGGAGGGCCCUGAGCCGACGGGGGCGCUAGUGAAGGAGUGUGCGUCUCCCAGCAGCACACAGAGAUCCUGCAAGAGCCCCCCAGCGCACUGCAAGCCCUCUUCUCCAGCCCAGUCUGCUCCUCACCAGCUGGCCGGGAAGGUGCCAGUGAAGCUGGAUCCGCAGCCCGAGGGGGGCCCAGAGAGCGUCAGCAGCAACAGCCAGCCCAAACCCCCUCCCCCCUCCCCCUCCUCCUCCUCCACCCAGCCCCCCUGCAAAACCAGCCAGCACUGGGAACAGAAAGCCACCCCGCUCACCCCCUCCAAACUGCACUGCCCUCCUGGGCCCGUCUCCUCCUCCCCUCUCAGUGAGCGCACCCCCAAACCCUCCACCCCCCUGCAGGCAUCCCACCCCGGCCCCUCGCUGCUGCUCUCCCCGCAGGGCUCCCCCUUCAGGGGGCAGAGAGCCAUCCUCCAGCACGCUGCUGCCCCAGCACAGCAGCAGCAGGGCAGUCCUGCCCUGUACAGCCAGUAUAACCAGCAGGGAGUCCCCCCGCCCCCUCCGCCGCCCCCUCCUGCCCCUGCCAGCGCUGCGUACUUCCCAGUGCAGGCCCCUCCCGCCGCGGGCAGCUUCCCCGGGUACAGCGGGCAGCUCAAGCAGGUGAGCGCCUUCCCUGCUGGCCCUGGCCAGCCUCUCCUGCAACAGGGGGCACCACAGCCCUCCGCCCUGCUGCCUCCCAGCAUCCACCACCUGCAACACGCCCCGCACACACCACACCCACACCUCCUGCAGUCAGGGCCACCCGGGCACUACCUCCCAGCCCAGGGGCCUGCCACUUCCACCGCCCCCCCUCCUCCACCCCCACCUCCCCCUCCCCCCAACCCUCACCUGCAGCCCCAGAGCACCCCGCAGCUCCUGCACGUCACCCUGACAGCCCCCUCCCCCUCCUCUGCUCACCACCACCCCCCUUCCCCCGCCCCCUCGCUGCACCCCUCCCCCCCACUGCUCCUCCAACAGCACGUCCUGAGCUCCGUGCCCCCUCCCCCUCCGCCUCCCCCUCCCCCCUCCAUCACACACCACUAUCAGACUGUGGCUAGUUUCCCCGCCCACGGGCCCACGCUGAUCCACACCCCCCUGCUCCCCACACAAGGACCAAACCCCAGCUCUGCUGCAGGGUACCAGACACACCAGCAGGGGGUGCCCCUGCCUCCCCCUCCACAGCAGCAGCUGGUUGCCGUGCCCCGCACUGCCGGCACCUUCCAGCCCAGCAGCUACCUGGGCUCUGGCUGGCAUUGAGCAACGCAGGAGGAACGCUCAGCAAGAAGAAUUUUAAAUGUCAUGUAAAAUAAGCUGUAAAUAUUUUAUAUGUACCCGGGAAGGUACUUUUUAAAAGAAAAAAAGACUUUGUAUAAAAAAACAACAAAAAACAAGUGAACCCCAGAGCUCAUUAUUUCUCACCCUCUCCCUCCCUCCCUCCCUUCCUUCCUCCUGCUCAGCAGGGUUUGUUAUUUUUGUCCACUCUCUCUCUCUCUCUCGCUCGUCUCUGUCUGUCUGUCCUGCAGUAUUAGAAACUCGGCACCUCUCUGACAUUCCAGUUUCUUCGUUACCUUCGUUUUAUCUUUUUUUUGUUUAUCGCUGAGUGUUUCAGAUUUAAUUGUUGCUUUUAGAGGCUCGUUUAGUGAAUCUCUUUUUCUACUCUUGUAUGUAAUUAAAUCUGUACACAGCGAAACGUGAGUGCAGCUGAUCUUCAUUCUCUCCCUUGCCCCAGACUCAGUGCUCUUGUGUGUGUGUGCGUGUGUGUGCGCGAGCGAGCGUGUGUCUGCGGUCUGUGUGCGUGCGUGUGUGUGUGCGAGCGAGCGUGUGUCUGCGGUCUGUGCGUGCGUGUGCGUGUGUGUGCGCGAGCGAGCGUGUGUCUGCGGUCUGUGCGUGCGUGUGCGUGUGUGUGCGCGAGCGAGCGUGUGUCUGCGGUCUGUGUGCGUGCGUGUGUGUGUGUGCACACUAGACUGGGAUGAAGAGUGGAUACCUCACAUCUCUAGGCGUGAUGUUGCAGGUUAUUUUUGGAUUUUAAUGGUUAUUUGUAGAAAUGUAAUUUAAUGUAUAAAUUUGUUUCUUACAUCUUUCCACAGAAAAUUGUGUAAAUAAUGCUUUUCUUAUAUUUUUUCUUUUUAAUGCUUGUAAAAUUGCUUCCAUCCAUUCCUUUUUGGAAUAUUGUAAAUAUAAAAAGCUCUCUUUGCAAAGCUGUAUGUUCUCUUUGAAAGUAGUGGGAGAGUCUACAUUUGAAUUUUUUUUUUUUUUUUAAGAGAGAUACUGUCCCACGCAGCGCUGGUUGGUUAUUUUCAUGAUUCAUGAUAAUAAAUCACAGUAAUGUCAGUUUUAUACCA